GCUUGCAAUACUAUUGCUGCACCAAGUGAAAGGGUACCAGUUUUGCUGGCUCGACUCGACAUUCUGUCGCUCGCCUCGCAGCGUGAGAUCCCCGCAGCAUCUCGGUCUUGACUGGACGGUACAUAGACAUCGCACCUGGUGAUCUUCGCAAUUAAUGGGAACAGAUCGAACUAACUUCUGCGUUUUGGAGGCAAUGGCAUACACGAAUACUUCUUUAAGGACAUUACGUUAAUUUAAUGUAGCCUAUUUCUAAUUUCGUUUUAGUUACGGAGUUUUAACUAUUUUGUCAGUUUCAUUUUUUUAAAAUAUUUUUUGCGAACCCCUUGCGAAAUUAUUUUAACUGUCUCUGUUGUUUUUUUAAGUGUUUUUUCGGUUGUUGGGGACAUGGAUCUAGUGAAAGGACUAUCAUUGGAAUGAAGAUUGUCGCCUGUCUGUCCACGCUGCUUUGUCAUUAUAAUUUCCAUGCGUCCGGUCUGUCGGCAGAUUCCAGCGAGAGCACCCGAUGCUGUUUUGCAUUUCGAUAAAGUGAAGGUUAGGGGUGGCGUGAGCACUGGUACUGAGGAGUUGAUGAGAGCACUUUCUUGGAAAUUAUCUACGUUUUUAAAACAGUUUUACAACCACAAGCAUAAACAGAAAGGACGUGGUUUUCUUUUGUUUUUGUUUUUUCUUUGUUUUUUUUAAUUUAUUUUUGCAGCAUUUUUACCUGGAUUGAACUAGGAUGCUUCUAUAUUCCUGCCUAAACGUACUGGCUAUGAGACUCGCCACCAAAUUCACCUGUAGCUUUUUCUUCGCGCUUCUGUUGUUUCAAAUGCCUCACUCCAUCUCAACUUUAAUAACAGGUACCGAGGCCAGCUGCGAAAACGAAGGAGAGGUGUUGCACAUACCCAACAUUACAGACAAUCCCUGCAUCACCUGCGUGUGUUUGGACAAGAAAGCAGACUGCAAGCAGGAGAAGUGCCCCCUGGUGGCGGAGGACUGUGCACUGGUGGUCAAGCAGACUGGAGCCUGCUGUGAACGAUGCAAAGGCUGCCAUUUGGAUGGAAAGGCCUACAACAGCUCCAGCACUUGGAGCACCACCACCAAACCCUGCACCACCCGCAGGUGCCAGGAAGGUGUCAUCACAGAAGCAGAGGUUCAGUGUGUGGUUCACUGUAAGAACCCCAAGAUUCACCCCAAAAAAUGCUGUCCCUCCUGCCCUGGCUGCAUUUUUGAAGGCCGGCUCUACAAAGAGAGGGAGGAGUUUCACCCUGAAGGACAACCCUGCAUCAGAUGCUCCUGCACAGGAGGGAGAACGCUGUGUAUGAAGGAGGUGUGCCCUGUGCUCUCCUGCCCCUCCCACUUGAGCCACACCCCGCUUGGACAGUGCUGCCCCAAGUGCCUAGGCCAGAGGAAAGUGUUUGAUCUGUCGUUGGGAAGCUGCCUGUUUCACAGCGAGGUUUAUGAGAACGGAACUUCUUUCAAGUACGACAACUGCACCUCGUGCACCUGCAAGGAUUCCACCGUGGUGUGUAAGAGGAAGUGCUCCAGGCCUGGAAGUUGCCAUGGUGACAAGGAGCAGUGCUGUGAUGAGUGUCUGUCGUACAUAAAGGCGGAGGACAUCAAGUACUGCCGGGUCAGGAACAAGAUCUACAGGGAAGGGGAAAUGUGGUCGUCGGUGAACUGCACCCUGUGCGCCUGCAUCAACAGUAAUGUGGAGUGCCACCAGAAGCAGUGUGUGCCCAUCACAAGCUGUCCCUCGAACAAAAUACUGAACCGCACUGGCUGCUGCCCUGUUUGCACUGAAAAGCCUGGGGUGUGCACUGUUUUUGGGGAUCCACACUACAACACCUUUGACGGGCGCACCUUUAACUUCCAGGGCACGUGCCAGUACGUGCUCACCAAAGACUGCUCCCCCGCCGCCAGCUUCCAGGUGCUGGUGAAGAACGACGCGCGGCGCACGCGCUCCUUCUCCUGGACCAAGUCCGUGGAGCUGCUGACCGCCGGACACAGCUUCAGCCUGCACCAGCACCUCACCGUCCGCCAAAAUGGCUCCCGUAUCGCCCUGCCCUACCACGGCCUUGGCGUGACCAUCGACCUGGACGGGUACCUGCUGAAGCUCAGCACCAUCGCCGGGCUGGAGAUCACGUGGGAUGGGGACAGUUUCGUGGAGGUGGUGGCCGCGCCCCACCUGAGGGGCAAGCUGUGUGGUCUGUGCGGGAAUUACAACGGCCACAAGCGGGACGACUCCAUCGGCGGCGACGGCCACUUCAAGUUCGACGUGGACGAGUUUGCGGAGACGUGGCGCGUGGAGAGUAACGAGGUGUGCAGCCAGCCGCACAGGAAGCCCCCCUCCAUCCUCUGCCCCGGAUCCGUCAAGGUCAAGUUCCGCGCACACAGGGAGUGCCACAAGCUCAAGUCCUGGGAGUUCCACAAGUGCCACUCUGUGGUGGACUUCACCUCCUUCUACAGGUCUUGUGUCACAGACAUGUGUGAGUGUCCCAUUCACAAGAACUGCUACUGCGAGUCCUUCAUAGCCUACAGCCGGGCCUGCGAGCGGGAGGGGGCCCCAGUGCACUGGAGGCCGGAGCAGACCUGCAUGGCCACCCAGUGCCGGCACGGUGCAGUGUACGACACAUGCGGACCAGGCUGCACCAAAACCUGCGACAACUGGAAUGAGAUCGGACCGUGCCAUAAACCCUGCGUGGCAGGCUGCCACUGCCCCGCAAACCUGGUGCUGUUCCAGGGCCGCUGCAUCAAACCCACCUUGUGCCCGGGGCGGUGA